AUGAAUUGGUUGAAGAAGUCACAACAGACCAAGACACUACUGAAAAUGUAGAAAGUAAUGUGAUAUUGAUUGCGAAUCCCCGAAAGGUGGUCACUAGAGGAAGGCCAAAGUCAGCAAGUCAUGAUAAAAAUGUCGUAACAACUACACAAGAGAAAGGUAGUAAGAAACGCAGACAAUACACUUGUGGAUUCU